UUCCCUUUCUCAGCCAAACGGAGAGCACUAUUCAAACCAUCAUUUUGUGGCUCUUCUCGCUCGCUCUGGUCUGGUCUUGAAAGAAGAGAGCAGUGGGCAGAGGAACGAUGUCGUGUGUAAGGGCCUUUGAGUCAACAAUAUUACCAUCAACCUUCUCUACCUCUGGAGUGCACAAAACAGCCACUACCCGUCCACUCCUCCACUACCCCACUCGGCUCCUCUACACCCCACCUCUCACUUUCACUACUUCUCUUGGCAAUAACAUCUUGUACGGACCCAGUUUCAGAAGAAUCGCCUCCAUUCGUUGUUUCUCAGCAUUAACUCCUGAGCUGAAGACUACGUUGGAUAAAGUUGUUACUUCGAGCAAAGUGGUUCUUUUUAUGAAGGGAACUAAGGAGUUUCCACAAUGUGGAUUUUCAAACACCGUGGUGCAAAUAUUGAAGUCUCUCAAUGCACCUUUUGAAACAAUCAACAUACUAGAAAAUGAAAUACUACGUCAAGGAUUAAAGGAGUAUUCCAGCUGGCCUACCUUUCCUCAACUUUACAUUGAAGGAGAGUUUUUUGGUGGCUGUGACAUUACUGUCGAGGCAUACAAAAGCGGUCAAUUGCAGGAACAACUGGAGAAGGCAAUGUGUUCUUGAAGCUUUUCAGGUGGUCGACAGUUUAAAUAGCACUCUUGAUUUGUUUGGUGAGGAUUGAGGUGUAUUGUAUAAUCAUCAUUUUCUCCACAUUUGUUUGAUUAUGGCGAAAACCAUGUACAUUGUAUUAAUUUGAAUACAAAAUAAGAAUCUCUGUUUAUGAA